AUGAUUACUACUUGUGCAAAAGGAUUGUACUUUUCGGAACCUAGAGGUGUUUUUUUCGCAGAUAGAGGUCGGGUCAGUUGCUUUAAGGCAAGAGUGAGAAUGAUAAAUGGGGAGUUGCCAAAUAGUCCUUUGGUUGGCAGUUACUCUUGGUUUGGUUCAAUUACAAGGAGCAAUGGGAAUUCUCGUGAGGACAGCUGCCACUCAACUGUGGAGUCUGGCCAAACCCUGAAGUUGCUCUGUACUGAUGAGGAAAAAACAGGUGGGGAAGAUGCUCAUUCUGUUCAAUCCUCUGCUGGAGCUGCUCGUGAUGUGUUGUUUGAUGGGAAUUCUCGGGAGGAGCAGCUGUCAAACUCCACUUUGGUAUAUGGCCAAACCCUGAAGCUGCUCUCAGGAUCUUGCUACUUGCCACAUCCUGAUAAGGAAGAAACAGGUGGGGAAGAUGCUCACUUUAUAUGUGCCAAUGAGCAAGUCAUUGGUGUAGCAGAUGGAGUAGGAGGGUGGGCGGAUGUGGGAAUUAAUGCCGGAUUAUAUGCUCGGGAGCUUAUGUUGAAUUCUGUAAGUGCAAUUCAGGAAGAGCCUGUGGGUUCAAUUGAUCCUGCUAGGGUGCUAGAGAAGGCACAUUCCAAUACAAAAGCAAAGGGUUCAUCAACGGCCUGCAUAGUUGCGCUUAUAAAUGAGGAAAUACGUGCCAUUAAUCUAGGAGACAGUGGAUUCAUGGUUAAUCUAGGAGACAGUGGAUUCAUGGUGGUUAGAGAUGGAUGCACAGUGUUCCAAUCCCCAGCACAGCAGCAUUGCUUUAAUUUUCCAUACCAACUAGAGAGUGGCAAUGAGGGUGAUCUGCCAAGCUCUGGCCAGGUAUUCAUAUUUCCUGUUUCUCCGGGUGACGUAAUUGUUGCCGGAACAGAUGGAUUAUUCGACAACUUGUAUAACAACGAGGUUACCACUGCUGUUGUUGAUGCCCUAAGAGCUGGCUUAGGGCCUCAAGUAACAGCUCAGAAAAUUGCAGCUAUGACAAGUCAACGAGCACUGGAUGAGAACCGACAGACACCUUUUUCUACUGCUGCGCAACUUGCUGGGUUCAGCUACCAUGGUGGUAAACUUGAUGACAUCACUGUUGUAGUGUCGUAUGUAACAAGCUCUAACAAGUUGUGAUCAUGUCUUCUCCAAUUGUGGCUGAACCACCAAUUGUUGGUAUCUUGAUGCACUUCUUUAUAGCGGGUGUUGAGUGGUCCAGACUCCAGAGAUGUUAUGCCACAGUUGUUGAUGGAGCCAAAAAAGGUUUUUAUCAGGCUAUGAGGGUUCCUGCACCGAAAUUUCUUCUAAAAUGCAACCCGUAGCUUUUGUUCACGAGCAGAAUACUUCGUCCCCUCAGCUUGCUGAAAGUGUCACUCUCCAAAAAUUUAACCACCUUAGAACUGACAAAGUUGAUAACGCAGGCCAUGCUGAUAAAAUAUCAGCAUGUUCUUGGAAUACAUUUACUAGAAAUUCUGUCAGUGAUUCCACAUGCAACUACCCUUCAUUGUCUGCGAUUUUAGCAAUGGAUUCUGAUACAUAAGCAUCCAAAUGCAUAGACUUGGCAGAAACAAUCGCCGUCAUUGUCUAAAAAUGGCUCAUGUGGCUUUUUGCUCUAUGUGCAGCGGUUGAUACUCCAUUAUAGGCUGAUACUAGCUAGUGCUUCUCUACGGAGCCUGCUCAAAAGUGUGCUGCGAGGUCUGCACUAAUAGGAGAAUGGACUUGUCGUCCGAUGACAAUGGGCCAAUAUGUUUCCCUUAAUGACCCUUUUCCUUUAGCUUCGUCGCAGCUUCCUUGCAGUAGACUUCGCAAUAGACUUGCAUUUUUUGUGUUACCCCACAUAAUUCUGAGACUUUAUCUAUGGGGCAUUGACUUAAAAGGAAGACUUAUGGGGCAUUGACUUAAAAGGAAGACUUGUGGUGUGCAAUGUUAAUUGAAAGUCGCUUUGAAGUUUCCAGUGACGAGCAAAGUAAUCCGCAUUACAAAUUUAAUGAUCAAUUCUCUCUGUCUCAUCAGUUCACAGAAUGAUCAGCAGAUACUCAAACCUUCUUUUUCUAGUUAUAAUUUUAAUAAUACUCCAUCUCCAUGGUUGCUGUGCU